GGGAACUCAACCACGGUCAAGUGGGCGGGGACGGCUCCCUGUCUCCGCUAUAAAAAUUCACUAAGCUUCUCUUUUCUCGUACCAGCUGCGCCAAGAAGCGAAGGAGGUGGUCGGGUGGUGGCGACUCGGUUCUUCUUCUUCUUCUUCUUCGUCUUCUUCGUCUAGGACAUUGCCUUCACUUUUCUUCUGCUCUUUUCCAGAGUGAAAGUCAUCUUGGUCGUGGGGCAUUUUCUCAAGAGACAUAAUCAAAUUGUGGUUUUGUGGUCAUGUCUCCUCCGGCAGCUGAGCCUUUGGCUGAUAUCAAAUUUGAUUGUUCUCAUGAGGAGCUGUUCAUGUUGUUGGAGUGCAUUUUAAGUGGAAGUUCUCUUCCGCGGAAUGUAAUCACUGAUUCAAAUCCCUACGACUAUCGGCCUGAAAAUUUACCAGAAGAUAUUUGGUACUUGAUACGUUCAGAGGACAAUAGAGCUAUAGAGAAUGGAUUCUGGAAGCCCAAAGGGAAUCCCCUUAAAGUACCAUUAAAUUCCUCCAUUAGCGGCUGGAUAACAACUCUCGUGUUCUGUGAUCCUCAAGCUUUGGAGGAUUUUAAGACCGAUUGGAUAAUGCAGGAGUACAAAAUAACAUGGGAUGGGUUAAAUUGCGACACCAGGGCAAAGGGGGUCAAUUGUCUAUGCAGAGUUUUCCAAGAACAUGUACAUCAAGUUGACCAGAAAAUGGCCCAAACAUUUGAUGGUUCUGACAUCUCUAGGGGAAACAACAACCUGUCAACUGCUUCUCUUACCAUUACCUCCAGGAGCAAUGCUGAAAAAGGAUCCACAAGCAACCACCAGGCUGUUGCAGCAGAUAUUCUGCAGAACCAUCCUUUGGAAGAUCUGCAUGCAGAUGUUGAUCUCUUGGAUGGCUUCUUGGAGCUACAAGAUCUUGAAAAUCCUCAGUCACCUUCCUCUAGUUCAGACAAUUCUAGUUGCGUGACCAUGUCAUCAGAUGAAUGUUUUGAUUCAUUGGCCCUUUUGCGAGACAUUGAGGCUGAACGGCUCCAAGAGGUGGAGAAGAAGGAUGAGCAUGCUAAGUUCAGUGUAUCAACUGUUAAACCAUCCAAUGUGGUAACGCAUGAAGUGACUUCAGGAUCAUUUACCAGUCAUGAACGUGAAGACAUCCCCAAAACUGGUUCCUCUCUUCUCAAUACAGCUCCAGCUAUAAGAAGUAAAGCAGUAGAUAGAAGGAAUCCGAAGCAUGUACUUGGAGAUGGGGAAAGCCAAUCUGGUUGCGAAAAUAUUGCAUCCCAUGCUUCAACAAGUGAAGAUACUUCAGCAUUGGAAAGGAGACGGAAGUCUGAUAAGAAAAAUAAGAUGUUUAAGAAGUUGUGCUUCUUGCCUUUUCAGUUCCUGUUCUGAUCCUUACCUCUCUGGAGUUUUCUUUUCCUGCCAUUUAAUUGUAUCAUCAAGAUACGGCAUCUCCAUAUGAUUAGAGCGGGAGAAAUAUGCAGGGAUAGGUAUACAAAAUGUUCUUUAUGCUGAUCUGAGAUGUUCAUUUGAUUUAAGAGGUUAGGGUACAUAGGGAAGAGGAUACAACCUGAAUUGAUAGCCAUAAGAGUAGGAGAUUGGAUACAAUAGUAAAUGGGUGGAGACUAGAUAACUUUGUUGUAAUGUAUGUGUGAAUGAUGGAAAGUUGUCUUUCCAUCUACUUGUACUUAGCCUACCAAUGUCAAAUAUUACUAGGAUUGUUCUGUGUCUAUUGUACUGAAAUUUCUUGUACUGUUGUUGAAAAGGAAGCAGGAAACAUCAAAUUGCAAAACAUUAUUAGCAAUUUCUAA